AUGACGCAGAAUAACACCCACCCGCCGUACAGUCGGGUGACGAGUAAGUUAUUCGGGAAGAAAGGCAAGAAGAGUAAGAAAUAUCAGAAAACUAAAUCGGGGACUUAUGGAGGACGAGACCGUGCGAACACGGCUAUGGACAAUGACGUCACUCCUGUGUACCUGGCAGCGCAGGAGGGUCACCUGGCAGUGCUCAAGUAUUUAGUGUUGGAAGCUGGAGGAAGAUUAGAUGCGCGUGCUCGCGAUGGGAUGUUACCAAUACACGCGGCGGCGCAGACUGGAUGUUUGGACUGUGUCAAAUGGAUGAUCGUAGAACGUGGAGUAGACCCAAACGCUAGAGAUGGAGAUGGUGCCACUCCUCUUCACUUUGCAGCCUCGCGGGGCCACUUGUCAACAGUCCGCUGGCUGCUAAGACAUGGGGCAAGACUUCACUUGGACAGACAUGGAAAAAGCCCUAUUAACGAUGCUGCUGAGAAUCAUCAUUUAGAGUGUUUAAACGUUCUCGUGGCGGCGGGUGCAGCGGGCGACAACAAGCAGUUGUCGUCAUACAAGGCGGUCCACUCCUGCGCAUGUACUCCCGGAGAAACAAGAUGUGCCCUCUCAAGCUGCAUCAACGCGAGCAACCGGUCUCCAUUCUACCUACACGGACCAGAGCGAUGUGCAUCAACCCGUGAGCGUCGUGGGUCCGUCUCCUCCACCGUGGGGUCCAUCGGCUCAUCCAGAUCUGGGCCAGCCGAUGGUUUGUACGUCAACCCAAUGCAGAGAACAGCGCCAGUGGCACAGCACAGCUCCUCGGGAGAGGAAAGCUCAGGAUGUUCCGCAUCAGAAGCAGACACAACAAACUCCGGUGGUUGGUUCUUGCACGGGUCCACCAACACGUCUGGAGCCCCUGCAGCUUUGUACCAACGAGUCAGGGACCUGUUCCACACACGUUCUCCAGGACCGAGGGUCCCUGCUGAAGGUCAGGAGGCUCCCACUAUGACAGUGAAAGCGGAGGUGCAUGGAACCAAGGAGGUGGCUCAGGAACAAUCGGACAGCGACAGUGGAGCUGAUGCGAACCGAAGAGAUCACCAUUAUGAAGAUAUCUAUUUAGCGAGAGAUGAACAUCAUAGGAAGAGAAGCAGUUCUCGAGACUCGGGCAGUCACAGCAGACCGGGCAGCGCGGCGUUAGUCGUUGACUAUGACAACAAAGAAAAUGCCCCUGAUGCCUCAAACAAAAACUACGAAGAAGUCUCACCACCACCUUUGGAGACACAGACGAAGUCUACCAUUGCCACCAAGUUAGCAGCACUAACACAUAAAGCACAGACCUUUGUAAGUAUUAAAUUUAAAAACCGUAUAAUGUCUUAA